AUGGCUUCCCUAGGCCAGGUAACUAGUACCCAGGUCGUAUUAAAGAUGUGGAGAUGUAAGAUCGCGAAAAGUGGAUCCGGGCCCGGCGAUCGCAAACCUCUCAAACUUCCCCUCUGCGACAUCCUCGUGUGCCAGCUCCUCACGCAUCGAGCCUUUAAGAUGAACAGCCCGCUUGGAAUACAGACACCUGAGCACAGCUCAAACCCACGCUAUCUCUUCAGGCAACCGCGCGCGCUGCAGUGGUUUCACAACGGGCGGCUGGUCAAGCGUCAUGACUGCGAAAGAGCCGCGGGCCGAUUCGAACUCUUUCUGGAUCUGCUAUACGUCGCGAUCCUUUCGAACUUUGCCGAUACACUCGUGGAGGACAUUUCGGGCGCAAAGCUCGUCAAAUACAUUCUCAUCCUCGCACCGUCAUGGCACGUCUGGAGCGAUCUUCGCGAGAUAAUGAACUCCUUCUACAACGAUGACUUGUUACAGCGAGUCCUCAUCCUUUGGGUAAUGGCCAUACUGGUUAUCUACGGAAACAACGCGCCACUGGUGGACGAAGAGAUAGGUGCUAUGCGCGCGACCGUUGGCGCGUACAUGGUCGCACGGAUAAGCUGCAACCUCGCGCAUCUGCUGUACUCCUUCUCGAGCUACCACCACCGACGCCAGCAGCGCUUAUGGGUCGUUCUAUCAACCCUAUUCAUCUGCUUGUACAUUCCCCUCUAUUUCGAAUCGGUUUCUACACGGGCUAAGAUUGCUGUUGCUGCUAUUGCCAUCUGCGUUGAGGAGGCGACCUGGAUAUUCUGCUAUUGCCCCGCUGCCAAGAAACUGCUUCAUGCUACAUACACCACUGCUGUCGACAUCAACCAUGAAAUUGAUCGGUACGCGGCGUUCUAUAUCAUCGUGCUGGGCGAGUUUCUUUACCUCAUUGUUGUUGGAUCGCAUGCUGCUAUUGGUUUGAACGAGCGCACGAUCCGUGCCAUCUGGACGCUAGUCAUCGCGUUCUGUCUGAACUGGAUAUACGUGCACGCCGACGGCUCCGUCACGCAUGAACACCCACUGCGACAUAGUAUAUAUACUGCCUUUUUGUUCGCGCUGAUUCAUCUUCCGCUCGUGGCUAGUCUCCUGGCUGGUGGACACGUCGCAGCUGCCUCUGUGGCUGAAAAGGACUUUGAGGAUGCCGAGCGGUGGCUUCUCUGUGGAGGCCUUGGCACGGGCAUGAUUUGUCUAUACGGAUUUGCGCUCCUCCAUGGCACCAAGGAUGAUCGUGGAACUUUGAUCAUGGACAAGCAUCUUCGUUUGAUCAUGCGGCCCAUUACAGGGAUUAUCACGAUUUUGAUCCCUUUGGCCCAUCACCUGAAUGCCACCGAAGUGCUCUCUAUUAUCAUGGCACUUUUUGUGUUCUGCUUGUUAGUACCCGGAGCGAGUGAUCAACAAAGGGGACUCUGA